UUAAUAAACUAUUGUUCAUAUUGCAACCGAAAAUAAUUAUACUAUUUAUAAUUAUCUGAGUGGAAAGUUAUAAAAAUGAAAAGUUCCGACCGUUACACAUUCAAAACUAAAUAUUCCAUUAAAACUAAAUAUUUUUUAAGUGACAUGUAUGUAUAGAUGUGUAUACGAAUGUGUGUGUGUGUGUCAAAAAAACAAUCCCAAAAUUAAACUGGUUAAACUUUAUCCAUUUUUUCUUUACAACUAUGGAUUUUUACUUCUUAAAAUCUUUAAAUGUCUAGACUUGUGCAGAAUGUCAAGAUGACAUUUAGUCAAACAGGUGGCAUGUUUAGAUUAUCUUUUUAAUCUUCUCCAACACACAAUGUAUAAUAAAUUUUCGUUUUCCUUCUUCGUUUUAAAUUAACACGUUUUUGAAGAUUUCAAAUGAGCGAAAAAUUUGCAUUCAUAUUUGAUACAAAUGAAUGAAAUAUGCCAAGAUUCAAUGUUAAAUAUGAGAUUGCAAGAGAUGACGUCGAGAAUAUCGAAUACUUUUUGCAAAAUGACAAAAAUCUUCAAACUUCGUCGAAAAAACAGUUAAUUUUUCCACAAAAUCAAUUUUUAUUGAUUAUAAUAAUAUGCCCCUAUUUUGUUCUGUCUAUGGGACUAACGUUCUAUCAAAAAUGGCUUUUCAAAACUUACGAUUUCAAUUAUCCUCUUUCGACUGUGGUAAUUCACUCAUUAUUAAAAUACGUAUUAUGUGCAUUUAUAAAUUGUGGAAGAACAUUUUACAAAGAACGCCAGCCAAUAAGAUUGCCAUGGAAAACUGUUAUCUGGGCACUUGCUAUUCCAGGAUUUGCUACUGGAAUUGAUGUUGGACUUUCUAACAAAUCACUUGAAUUUAUUUCUGUACCUUUAUACACAAUGACAAAAUCAACGUCAAUAAUUUUCAUUCUCUUUUUCGCCGUUCUUUUCAAGCUUGAAAAAAAGUCAGCAUCAAUGUUUUUUAUAGUAUUAAUGAUCUCAGGCGGAUUAAUAAUGUUUACAUAUGAAUCAACAAGUUUUCAUUUACUGGGAUUUACAUUUUGUCUUAUUGCAUCUUUUUCUUCGGGAAUACGAUGGACAUUGGCUCAAUUAGUAAUGCAAAAAACGAAACUUGGAUUCAAAAAUCCAAUAGAUAUGAUGUACUAUAUGCAACCUUGGAUAUUAAUAUCCACUAUAUUUGUAACUUGUGUAAUAGAGGAUGUAAAAAUUUACAACGGGUUGUACGCGACAGAUUGGAAAGAUUUUAAUACGAUAUAUUUAACGACAACAUACGUAAUGAUUGGAGGAAUUAUUGCCUUUUGUAUGGAAAUUUUUGAAUUUUUGGUUGUCACUUACACUUCUAGUCUGACACUUUCCAUUAUUGGAAUAUUAAAGGAAUUUAGUAUUUUUGUCAUAGCAUUUUUAUACGUGGGAGACCGAUUAAAUAGUAGUCUUAAUUUUUUCGGUUUGGUCAUGUGCCUUUGUGGAUUAAUUCUCCAUGUAAUUCACAAAAUGAAAAAUAAAAAAAAGGAGACAAAUGAUAAUGCAGAAUUGCAGACAAAUUCUAUAAUGAACAUUGACGGAAAUUCCGAAGAGGGAACACAAAUUAAUUGUCCAUUAUUAAUGCAAAAAUCGACAUCAUUAAGUAAUUUAUUAAACUCAAACUUCAGUUCUGAGGAUGAAGAAGAAGAAAAGGAUUCAGGUGCCGAGUCUGUUUUGAAAGUUUUAAAACAUAGGGAUUAGUAAUUUGGUUCUUCGGAUUUUAAUUUUGUUUGUUUUUAUUUUUGUAAUAUGAAAUUGAUGUUUUAUGAAACAUUCCAUUAAUUAUGAUAAUAUUUCAACUUCACUUUUUACAUUGUAAGUUAAAAAAAAACUGUUGCCAUCAAGAAGUCAAUAUUGCAGUCAUAAUAAGACUUGAAACUAUUCUUAUAACUCAUUGCACGUUAUCCAAAGGGUUUGCUAGUCAAAGUCAAUGCGCCAUGGAUGAUUUAAAUCGUAAUGUGCAAUGAAUUUAAGAUUCAUUAAGUUCAAAUUUUUAUUUUAUUUCAUUGAUGUUUUUUAUUAUUGAUAUAAUUCAAUAUUACCAUAAAUCUUGCAUAAUAUAUUAUUGCAUAUUA